GCCAUCACACCUUUCUCGUUUCGACCCCCACCAACGCCCGCAAAACACCAUGGAACACGAAGUCGACGGCUGGGUUGCGCAGCUUAGCCAGUGCAAACAACUCUCCGAGGCCGAUGUCAAGAAACUAUGCGACAAGACGCGGGAGAUCCUGAUGGAGGAGUCCAAUGUGCAGCCUGUUAGAUGUCCGGUGACCGUCUGCGGGGAUAUUCACGGUCAAUUCCAUGAUCUCUCAGAACUCUUCCGCAUCGGGGGGAACUCGCCCGACACGAACUACCUCUUCAUGGGCGACUAUGUCGACCGAGGAUACUACUCCGUCGAGACUGUAACCCUACUGGUCGCGCUCAAGCUCCGCUACCGUGACCGCGUCACCAUUCUUCGGGGCAACCACGAAUCGCGACAGAUUACGCAGGUGUACGGCUUCUACGACGAGUGCCUCCGCAAGUACGGAAACGCGAACGUAUGGAGAUACUUCACCGACCUCUUUGAUUACCUCCCCCUCACCGCCCUCAUUGAAAACCAAAUAUUCUGCCUUCACGGAGGCCUCUCACCUUCUAUUGAUACCCUCGACCAUGUCCGGAGCAUCGACCGCGUGCAGGAAGUACCCCACGAGGGUCCCAUGUGCGACUUGCUUUGGUCCGACCCCGACGACCGGUGCGGCUGGGGGAUAUCGCCUCGUGGAGCGGGGUACACGUUCGGGCAGGACAUCAGCGAGGCGUUCAACCACAACAACGGCCUCACCCUCGUCGCGCGGGCGCACCAGCUGGUCAUGGAGGGGUACAACUGGGGCCAGGACAGGAAUGUCGUGACGAUCUUCUCUGCGCCCAACUACUGCUACCGCUGCGGCAACCAAGCAGCGAUCAUGGAGAUUGACGAAAAAUUAUCGUAUAGCUUCCUACAAUUCGACCCUGCUCCUCGCGCGGGCGAGCCGCUCGUCACGCGGCGCGUGCCCGACUACUUCCUGUGAUCACCACGCCCCUCCAUACGCAUCCGCACACGCACCCGCUAAGCAGUGUCCCCGUCUCCGCCCCCGCCCCCAGUACAUACCGUACAUACGUGCCGCCGUACUUACUCUCCCCGCUGUAGCACCCUCCAGACGAUCCGAUCGCAUCGCAUCGCGCAAAGAUGAUACCUUUCUCUCCCUCUCUCGCUCGCUCGUGUACAUCCAGAUCCUACGGACCGCCGCAAACGUGCUCGUGUAAAUGUCUAGAACAA